GCCCAUUGCAGAUGACAGCUGUCAGAUAUUUCAGAGUUUUUCUUUUUGUACGAUUUAUAUUUUUUCUUCCUCUGUUAAAAAAUCGAUCUAAAAAUAGUUUUAAAUGUUAUUUGAGAUCAAAAUUAAAGUGUAGCGACAAAGUGAGUGUUCCAAACUAAACAAGUUACGCGGUGGAAAAACAAAAUGUUUGCUUUAUAAAGUGCCGAAACGAUGAUAAUGAAAUUCUUCUAGAUUUGCUUCCACAGUUGCCUCCCAAAUAGAUGCCGCCGAAGAAAUGCCAAAUGUUAUUGCAUAAAAAUCUUUCUUAAAGAAAAAAAUCGUGAAAAAGAAAAUCAAAAUUUAUUAUAUUGCCAUUCACAUAUAUUUAUUGAAAAAGAAUAAUAUAAAUCUAACAACACAGCGAGCAAAAACAACAACGACAACAGCAACACAACAUUAUUUAUAUCUCUCCCCCCACAAAAAAAACAGAAACACACCAAAUGACGAAGAGAGAAAAACAAUAACAAAACAGCAUUUGUUGAUUGAUUUGCCAUAAUACCUACAGACAUACAUACACACAAACCUACAACACUCUGCAGCAGCAGCAUCGGAAAGGAAACUAAAAACAACUUGAUUUUUGAAGUGUAUGAAACAUUUUAAUCGAUACAGAAGAUUGAAUUGUUUUUGUUGUUCUAUUUAACUUAAGAAACGGCGGAAACUCAAUUUUGAUUUUAACAUAAAAAUAUACAAGAAAAUAAUUAUUGAGUUGGCGAUAGUGGGUGCGUCGCGUCUGUUUCCAACAAAAAGAAACACUUGUAAUCCGAAGCAGUCUGUUGGCAAGUGAAACCAGUGACAAUUGGAGAGUACUUAAAGUUGAACUGUGAUUUAUAGCAGCAAUCAAGAAAAAUAGCUGGCCCCUAGGAGGAAAUUUUCACAAACUCACACAUCCACACACACACACAUUUUGUAUGUUCGGCAAAACAGCAAUCUAAAAAAAAAAAUCAUGGAACAACCACUAAUCGUCCAGGCUGAGUACUCCUUCAAGGGGGGCAACAAUGAUGAAUUGUGUUUUAAAAAAGGUGAUCUAAUCACCGUGACCCAGCGUGAAGAGGGUGGCUGGUGGGAGGGAACACUCAACGAUAAGACUGGCUGGUUUCCCAGCAAUUAUGUUAUGGAAUACAAGGCGCCGUUGCCCAUUACAGAUUCGAUACGGCCACCCGAGGAAAUACAAGAAUAUCGCUCUGUAGUCCUAAAAGAUCUGCUCGAUUCGGAACGGGCCCAUGUGGCGGAGGUGCAGGGUUUGUUGGAGAACUUUUUGGAACCCCUACAGCAAACACAAAUUUUGAAUGCCGAUGAAUACGCUCAAUUAAUGUGCAAUUUCGUUGAGGUCGUCAAGACCCAUGAAGAGCUGCUGACACAAAUGGAAGAGUGCAAUGAUCGUGUGGGCAAACUAUUUCUAAAUAAGGCACCACUGAUGAAACAAGUUCAUCAGGCCUACUGUGCUGCGCAUCCCAAAGCUAUUGUUAUAUUAGAUAAAUACAAAGAUGAUUUGGAAAAAUACAUGGAGCAGCAGGGAGCAGCUAAACCAGGACUUUUAGUGCUUACCACGGGCCUCUCGAAACCAUUCCGACGACUGGAUAAAUACUCAGCCAUGUUGCAAGAAUUGGAACGCCAUAUGGAAAGUAGUCACCCCGAUCGGGGAGAUACACAACGCAGUGUGGCGGUUUAUAAGGAUAUUGCGGCCACCUGUUCGGCCACGCGGAGACAAAAGGAACUUGAAUUACAAGUUCUGACCGGGCCUGUGCGCGGUUGGCAAGGCCAAGAACUAAGUUCACUGGGUGAGAUUAUACACAUGGGCAGUGUGGCCGUGGGUUUGGAUCAUCGUGAUCGUUAUUUUGUAUUAUUUCCACAAACUUUACUCAUAUUGAGUGUUAGCCAACGAAUGAGUGCUUUUAUUUAUGAGGGUAAAUUACCCCUGACGGGUAUUGUUGUCAAUCGCCUGGAAGAUUCAGAUACCUUUAAGAAUGCCUUUGAAAUCAAUAGUCCUUUAAUUGAGAGAAUUAUUGCAGUCUGCCAGGGACCCAAUGAAGCCAAUAAAUGGGUCGAACUGUUAACCUCAACCAAUGCCAGUCUGCCCAUUGGCAUUAAACGCCAGCAUAGUAAUUUAAGUAUAGGCGGAGGAGGUGGUGGCGGCGGCGGUGGCGGCCAUAUUUCAACUCCACCAAGCCAUACCUCAUCGUCUGCUUCUAUUUAUAAUUUGGAUGCUCGGGGCUAUUGUACUCGAUUUUCAUUGUGUGCCUAUUAUAAUUCACCACAAAUGCGUGUCACCCUGCCACCCAGUAAUUAUCCACCCACGGCGCCCUAUACCAAUCUCAGUGAUCAUUUUGCCAAGCUGGUACAGGCUGGCCAAUUGAAGGCGGUCAUCAUAAAAAUGCUAUUAUAUCCCCAGUCCAGACAGAGUAUUAACAUGGAUUCCAUACCGCUGAGAAAGAGGAAACAUAAGACAUGCAAAAAGUUGAUAAGAUCUCUGACGCCAGGCGAAGAUCUGGCGGAUGGAAGAACGGGAACAUUGGAGAGACAGGAUGCCUUUUCAUUGCCCACAGAUUCGGAAAGUGGUGGCGAUGGUGGUGGUAGAGAUGGUAGUGGUGGCAUUGUUAGUGCCAAUGAUUUUGAAUUUGUACGUUUUUCCCGCAACGAUUCCAUUGUGUCGUCGACUGGUACCUUUAUAGACCAUGGUCCGGGAGCAGCAACACCUCCCGCCAGCGGCAAGGCCCCUAGACAUUGCUCCUCCAUAAAUCUCAUUAAUUUUGAUUCAUCCUCAGAUGAUGGCAAUCAGUUUUCGCCAGCUUUAAAAAAAGAAUCUCUAGUUAUAGGUUCCAAAACAAUGCGGGCCAUAGCUCGCAAGUCUUCCGAACAAAGUAUUAUUAUACAUACCUCCAAGGCCCAUUUGACCAUGGGUGGGGGGUCAACGCAGGCCAAGGAAAUACCAGUCUUAACGCAUUCUCAGUCCCAGCAUCUAAAGCCGCAACUGUUGCAACAACAAACGUCGGAGACCUCAGAGAAAUCCUCGGUAUAUGGUGGUCGCCUGAAAGGAGCCUAUAUUGCCUGUGAAAAUUUAGCCGAUCUCGGUGAUGAAACGAAAAUUAAAAACUCAUCUGUCUCACAUUUGGCCACCUCGCCCACGGAGCGCCACAGCAUGCCGAAUAUUUUUGUGGGUAAUCGUUUUAAUCGCAGUUCCAAAACCGAAGUUUAUGUGCCCUCCUGGCAGGAUCGCAAUGAUAUGCAAAAUCAAAGUGCCGAUGCUGUGGAGACAAAUCAUGGUAGUGAUACAGUGGAUGGGGAGGUACAUGCCAGUACCUUGGAUUUGCCGGCCAUGUGUAGGGAGGCUCCCGAUAAAUUACAGGCAGAAUUGUUAUACAAUUUUAAUGAUGCCCAGCAACCUCAACAAAAUGAUGUCAUUGCCCCACCGGCCAUGUUUAAUGCGAAAAAUUUUCACGUAUCUCAAACGGAACUUUGUUUUGAACCCAAACGCAGCAGCAAUGAGGAGAGUGGGAGGCCAAAACGGAAUUCUGUAAAACGAUGCAUUAGCUACCACUAUGUGCCCCUGGCCCAGGAACAAGAGUGUGGUGGAGGUGAGGCUAACAGCACUGUGGCAAAUCAAGUACCACCCGACAGGAACAACAACGACAGCAAUGUCCGCAGACACUUCCCCUUUCCUGGGGAUAACAACAAGGAGAGUAACAGUAGCACCGCCACCACACCCAAAUGUAAAUGCUGUGAAAGCUCACAAUGUCCCAGCCCAAGAUCCAGUGAUUCCGGCAUGGCAGGCAGCUGUACCAUAAAUUCCCCAGAUCCUCCCACCACAGAGGGUGGGGCCUAUGAACCCUUCUACGAUGUAGAUGGUAAUUUGAAAUUACUCUCCAACAACAAUGAUCUCACACGAUUUGAUGUCUGUGGCACAUUUCGUGAAAAGUUUUUAGACAAUUCCCAGCAGCAGGAGGAGGAGGCGGAGGAAGUGGGACAAAACUCACAACAAAUGCCACCACAACAAUCUGCUGCUGCAAUGACUUCUCUAGAAUUCCAAAGGAAUAGUAAAAGUAUUUUUAUUAGCUCUACAGCCCCAUCCUACAACCAAGCUUCCACUUCGAAUGGCUUCAUAUUUACCUCCCAGAGUCCCCAUGAAUCAGCGACAGCGGCGGCCGCCGCCACACCCAAUGCCAAUGAAGAGGCUGGGGAAAAUCAAACCGAAACGGCGGGAGUAUUUCGUUCCGGCAUGUAUGCCCACUGGUGGAAAAAGGAGACCUUACCCAAUGAAAUUGUCAAAAGUAUUGCCAAAGUCUACAAUAAAAGGCUGCCACCCUCCCAUGAGGUCAGUUUGGACUCCCAUUGUUCACGGUGUUCCAGUUGCCAGUGUUCUUUGGGUGCAGCCAGUGGCUUUAGUGAGGGUGCCGCCUAUUGUGCCCUGUGUCAGGAUUGCGUUAGCAUUUGUAGUUCUACGGGAACAUCGGCAACCUCUUCGUCAUCAUCAAGAAAUCCACAAAUUGCCACCAUCACUACCACAACAAUAACAACAUCAGCCGAAUGUCCCCUUUGCAACAAUACCAAUAACAACAACGGCAGCAGCAAUAGCUCCACCCCCAUGCGCAACUCAAAGGGCAACAAUACCCGAGUUGCUUCCAGCCACUCUGGCCAACUGAGUAGUGCCGGCUCAUCCAUCGAUUGUCCCAUCUGCAGUGGUAAUUAUUUGGCUCGCAUGGAAUCGUUAAGUUCGACAAAGGAUGAAGAUGAUAUGACGAGCUCCGCAACUUUUGCUACACGGCCGCCAUUGGCAGAAGAUGUCACCACCCUCAAAUCUCGGCCUGCUCAGUCAACGAAUAAAUCAACAACAGCAGCAACAGCAAACGAUCAACAACAUCGGACAAUCAGCAGCACAACAACCAACGAACAAUACAGCAACACCAGCCAACAGAUUGCUGGAGAACAAUCAACAGCACCAGCAGCAGCAACAGGCUGCAGCAACGUCACAACACAAACGGAGCCUAUCGUUCAAUCAUCAUCUCAGCUACAAUCAAUACACACACACUCAGCAUCCACCACCUCAUCAAAUGCAUCAUCAUCAACAACAACAACCACCAAGUCUACCAAGUCAUCCAGUGGCAGUGCCAAACCACAAAUCAAAUUUAGUCCAGACAUCGAACAGUAUUUCGAAGACACAAAUGCCGGUACAUCAUACGGGGGCAAACACCAUGGCAGCAGCAGCGGUGGUGGGAAACGUAAGGACCGGAAACACAAAAGCUAAUUGGAACAUAACGAACAUGCGCCCUGCACCACCACUACGUCCAAGUAUUUUGAACACCAGCACAACCGGCGGUAGCAGUAGUGGUGGCGGCAGCGGUAGCGGUGGUGGCAGUAUCGGUGCCAAUCUAUCCAAUUA